AUGCUUAGAACCGAAAUCAAACCUGAUAACUUCACUUAUGCUUGCAUUAUACGUGCGUGCUCUGAGAGCUUUUAUUUGGAAGGACUGAAGCUUGUCCAUUGUGGAGUAACAGUUUCAGGGUUAGGAUUGGACUCUAUUUGUAGCAGUGCACUUGUUACAGCUUAUUCAAAACUCGGCCUUGUUGAUGAAGCAAGUAGGGUGUUUUACGGGAUACCACAGCAGGAUUUGCCAGAUUUAGUUACAUGGUCUGCUUUGAUAACUGGGUAUUCACAGUCUGGGGAUUGUGGUAAGGCAUUGUUCUUCUUCAAGGAUUUGAAUAUGGAAGGUAAGAAGGCUGAUUCCAUUUUGAUUGCCAGUGUGUUGGCUGCUGUUGCUCAGAUAGGAAAUGUAGGGCCUGGCUGUGAGAUACAUGCUUAUGUUCUUCGACAUGGACUUGAAUCUCAUGUCAUGAUUUCCUCUGCUCUCAUAGUCAUGUAUUCAAAGUGCAGUUUCUUGGGCAUGGGGACUCAUGUGUUUGAGAUCAUGCCAGAAAAGAAUAUUAUUUCCUACAAUUCAUUAAUAUUGGGUCUUGGUUUGCAUGGUCUUGCCUCUGAGGCCUUUAGAGUGUUUGAUGAGAUACUGAGAAACGGGUUAAAACCUGAUGAAUAUACUUUUACUGCUCUCCUUGGUGCAUGCUGCCAUGCUGGCCUUGUCAAAGAUGGCCGUGAAAUUUUCAGAAUAAUGAAGGAUUGA